AUACAAUAUUUCACAGCUGUUAAAAGAUCCCAUAAAUCAGACAUCAGUCCUUGUUUCAUGUCCUUUGAAAAAAAUGACCUCUGUCUACUGAGCUUUCUUUUACUACAAGAAUAGCAAGUGGUAAGACCCUGAACUCCUGUCUUUUCAAACAAUUGAAUUCAUAUAGCAGAAAACUGGCAUCAGCAAGCAAAGCAGCUGCAUACAUUCCAAAUAUUGCUCUAUUUAAAGCAUCCCUUAACCUCACAGCAACAACUACAGAAGCAAACCUUUAAGCUUGUCCAUAAAUUCAGCAGGGAAGGAAUGGCAGAGCCAGCAGAAAAUCAAUACUCACGUUUUGUUAUACCUGCACUUCUUGUGGUUGGCUGGAUAAUUGGUUGUGCAUUAAUGGUGUACAUUGUCUUCUCUUGAUUAGAAAUUUUUUUUUGUCCCACAGGAAAGAAAAUUUUGCAAUGAUGUUGAUUAGAAGAGCCCAGAAAUUUAAAUGGAAAUCUCUAGUCAUUAAAUUAUGUGCUGUACACGUUGUAUUUUAAUAUCACAAUGUAGGAUUGAAUAUGGACUUUGUCCAAUGUAAAUGAGUGAUGCUCAUUAGCGAUGAGAAGAUUCAUCCUGCCAUUUUUGUAAUCUUUAAGUACUUUGGGAGUCCAAUCAUAGGUCCACCUGUCUUCCAAACCACAGAUUGCUGCCAUCUUCAAUUUUCAGCAUUUUGUAAACAGAAUCUUUAUUUUUGGUUAUAAACACACAGUUCCAGCUGGAACUGGCGAUCUAGAAAUAAACCUAUAUAUUGUGAUAUAUGGUAAAGCAAAUUACAUGGGAUGUAAGCUAUCCCUAGCAAAUAGAUUGGUCAUUGUUAAUUUUUUGUUAUUAAAAAAGCAGGAAUCAAACUAUAAUGGAAAUAAUGCCUUAAACUCUGAUAUAUAGGUUCUAAAUAAAUUUUCCAAAACAAAAUCUUAUUUUGUUUUUUUAAGAUCCUAUCAUCCAAAAUAAUAAAAAUCCAUAUAUUGAAAGGUCCACAUAUCAAACAAUCCAAAGGUCCUUUGGAAGAUAAAAGAUAGAAAGGAAAAUCUGCUAUAUUGAUAUGCUAAGCAUUCUAUAUGUGGCUUGCUAGUAUAAAUAUGACUUGGUUCUUAUAACAUUAAAAAACUUAAGUUAUUCUUCACUGAUAGAUGUGAAAAUAACCAUUGACCAUUUGGCUCAGAAGACUAGUUCUAGGGCCACGUUUUACUUCUCACUCAUUAUCAGUGAGUGUAUUAAGUUAAUUCACUUAUUAUCCCACAUCAAAAUAAAUGGGACCUGACUAAAAUGGGAGUUAGACUAGGCCUUAAUAUAAGCAGUUCCACUAAAAACAAUAAAACUAUAUGCACAAGGAGAGAAGAAAAUGACCUUUCGUAGCAGAGCACUGCCUCUUUCCGCUGAUGCUGCAUCUCCAACCGUAUCCAAUUUCUGAUUCUUCAGAAGAACUGGAGGAAAAUUAAACAGUAUAAAGCUGGCCAUUUUUGUAUCAGUUUCCUUCCUGAGUGCUGCAGAUGACUGGCUGAAGCCCUAAAACAUAAGAUUUGUGGAUACUCACUGUUUUACUGGAGAACUGCAUGUUAUGAGCAUGUGGGAGGUUGCACGGGCAGUCUGUUCUCUCUGGGGCCUCAAAGGAAGAAGGCGAAGCCAGGGGGCUCUCAGAUUCACCUAUUCCAAAGCUACAGGGGAUCGUCUGUGUGUGUUUGAUCACAGAAUUUCUCCCAGAUACAUAUCUUUGAAGCAGACACUUAUUUUCACUUUAAAGACUCCAAGCAAAGAUAUGUGCACUUAGAAGAUCAGCUCCUAAGCAGCUCAUUCAAAGUUGUGAAGGGAGAAGGAGAUUUUCAGAGGCACAAAGAGGCCCACCUCAUGUUGAAAGUCAAAUCUUGGUGUUGUUGAAUGCCUCCCUAUAUGGCUGUCCAAAGCAGGGUGAUCUCAAUUGCAUUAACUCCCAGUGCAACUCUUAGUUGUACUACACUUUUUUUUUUCAUAAGACCAUUUUUCAUUUUGAAGUAGACAGUGCCAUUAAGUUGUUUAACAUAAGUAUUCCAAUAUUUGCUCCUUGUGAUUUGUGUUGCACCAACGCUGUUACAUAAAACUCACAGGAAAUUAAACUGUC